AUGAAGCUAUAUGUACAUGUGUCAUCAGUCACACUGUACAAGUUGUUCUUCUCUUGUCUACUGCUCGAGCUCGUCACACCCACCAACUGCAGAAGUUUGUUUCGUUUUCAAAAGAAAGAAUGUCCCUACGCUCUGUCUGAGGGUAAUACGGGAGUUUACAGUGUGGAAAUGAUGUUUCGACCAAGUCACGACAUCAUUCUCAGCUUUGAUAACGUCGACCCUUACGUGCGCAUUUUGACACGACAACUUCACUUCUCAGCUGCUAACUGGACAGAAAGUCAAGAGCUGUUGGUCGAGGGAAUUGAUGAUAAUGUUAUCCGGGAAUCGCCAUAUGCCGCUGUUGUUACCCUGACCAGCUGGAGCGACAAUACCACAUACAGUUCUGACAGUGAUGGAGGCCUUCCAGCAGCUAACCUAACUCUUCUUGUAGAAGAGACUGACAAAGCUGGAGUUUUCAUCAACACCAAAGAAGUAUAUCGUUUACCACCACAUAUUCCAGAAGGUUUAUCGCGUGUGUUUCUUGUUCAUUUGCACUCCACCCCUAAAUCUACAGUGAAUGUCACUUUUAAUCCAUUGAAUGAGACAGUCACGGUUGAUCCAAGGUCAAUGUUGUUUCUUCCAUCUGAGUGGAAUGUGUCCCAAGAAUUGAUAGUUCAUGCUGUGGAGGAUAAUAUUAAUAUGGAGAGUUCAUACAAGGCAUCUGUUGGUAUCAACAUAAAUAGCUCAGACAGAAACUACAACAGGGCUGCUGUGGAUAAUCUGGUGGUGACUGUAGAAGACAAUGAUGAAGGAGUCGGUAGCUUUGGGUCAACUGUUCGGCAAAUGUCACUUACCUGGAAGAGACAUGCAUCUCAAAGUCGUACAACUGCAAUUUUUCAUUUGCAAGUUGCUUUUCAACUUGAUGAUGACAACACUAUUGAAACUGAACAGAAAAUUUUUGUGCCACUUACUAUAGACUUUGGAGAUGGUUUUCUAGAAGACAUGGUUAUUCCUUUAGAGGUUAAUCAAGUAUUUGUUGACCAUCAGAUAGCAGCAGGGUCAUCCUACAUCACUCAUACGUAUCAAAGAGCUAAUGAUUACAGUGUGCCAUACCUUGUUGUAUUACAACAGUGCUGUAGAUCAUCAACACUAAAAAAUAAUGCAGGAACAAGACGUUUCAUAAGACUAACUGUCAACCUUGCAUAUGAUCAAUCUCCUCAUCUACCUUUUUUACCGUUCACUCAUGUGUUUUCAAACUUGCCUAAUCAGGCCUUCCUCUUUUCAUCCAUCAGUUCUCAUGGUCGUUUACUCAAGUACAACCUUGGUUCUCCAAUGGAUUAUGGAUCUGCUUAUUCAUCUCAUCCACAAUUUGUCAGCAUUGAUCCAACAUCAGGCAGACUUGUGUUCAACACGUCACAUGUUGCACUUGGAGACUACAAUAUUAUCAUCAUUGUUACUGAUCUUAUCAGUGAUAUUCGUGUUGCUAUGGAUAUUCUUAUCACGGUGAACAGUUUAGUUCACUCGAAUUCACCUCCUUAUUGGAUCAACUUUUCUCAAGAUGAAGCAACAAGUGGUCCAUACGGCAGGUAUGUGGUUUCAGCUGAUGACACUCUCUCUAUUAAUUUGACAGCAUCUGAUGGAGACAAUGUCACAUUGAUAGCAACAACUUCUCUUCCUGGUGUAACUGCACUGUCUAAUUCAGAGAGAGUAGGAGUAAGAAACACAGUUCAAUCAGUUUUUUCAAUGAAAGUAACUACUGGUCAUUUGGGAGUUUAUGUGUUCUGCUUUCACGCUGUUUCAUCUGGAGUUUUGUCGUUACCACGAUGUAUUGGAGUUGAAGUUGUGACAGCAUUUCUUUCAGUUCCUUGGAUUGAUAUGAAUGGUGUGGACAAGGGAUUUGAUUUUAACCAGAAGUUUGUAAAAGGUGUCAAUUCAGCUGUUAGUAUAGUGUCUCCAUUGGCAAAUGUGACAUCACAAAGUGGGUAUCUUGAGUGGAUGGCUGUGUCACUUGUUAAUGCUGUAGAUGGUUCUGCUGAGAAACUAACAGUUGAGUCAACAUUUUCACAUCCCUCUCUUAUACAUUCCAUUAUUCAGCAGGGACACAACACUCCAGAUGUACUUUUUAUUUCUGGCUUUUCAUCCGUUGUUGUAUAUGAAUCAGCAUUACAUCAUGUUCUUUAUGAGAACUCUCUUGAUCGUCCAACUGUUGGUAAGAGGAAAAUCCUAGUGUCAUUGUAUGAUGGUCAUUUAUCAAGUCACAUAGCCACCACACACUACCCGACAUCAUCUAUAACAGUCUCUAUCAUGAAUAAGGCACCUGUCCUUGUACAUGGUAGUAAUCCCAACUUGUCAUUCACCAAUCGGUAUUUUCCUGGCAAAGGUCCUGUUGCUGCGAUUAGCUCGUCAGCAAGAAUUAUAGAUACUGACAGUUGUGGUAUUGUCAAUGCUUCGUUUCAUAUCACAAACAUUCAUAAUGAAGGGUUUGAGAAGCUGAUUGUGACUUACAAGUCUCGUGAAAAAGCUAGCCUGCCUGUUGUUCGAGAGGUCAUUGAUAUCCAUAAACCCUUUGGUGUUCUGGCUAAUGGUGAGGUGAAGGCAAGUGUUGAGAGUAGCGUAGUGGUAUCUCUUACUGGAAACAAGACAAUUGUGGACAGAGUUGGUAGGGUUGACAUUGUAUUGGAUAUCCGCCACUCACAUCUUGGAGACCUCCAAGUAGAAUUUGAACACUUGGAACACAGGGAACUUGUAGUCUUACAUCCAGGACAAGUGACCUGCGCUCAAGAUGACAUGACAACUAGUUGGUUCAGCGAUGCUUCAUCAGACUUUUUACCACUUUCAUCUUCUUCUGUUAGCCCUGGUGUUUGUCGCUAUCAGUCACAAGGGAUAUUUUCUGUUGACGGAAAUUUCUCUCGAUUUCAUGGGUUACCGAUAUCUGGGGAAUGGAAGAUACAUGUUAGUGACUUACUGCUUGAGAAAGACAAUGGAGAGCUUGUAAGUUGGGGUGUUGUUAUUCAACCGGAAGAAGAGAGCUUUGUAUCUCAUAACCCAUCUGUUGUGCCUGAGUUAAGGAUGGCUAGUAAUGAGGUAGAGGAAAGGCGAUACUAUCAACAAGUAGAAAGUGAUGGACGAAUUACUGAUAUGACUGUAAGUCUGCACCUUUCUGUUCCAUUCUCAUCAUCUUUUGUAUCAGCCCCAACCAUAUCUCUUGAACAUCCUGAUCACACUAUUAUUAAACUUAUAGAUGGAGCCACUAGUUUAUGUCAAAGAGGAUCUUACAAACAUCUCAUUUUGUCAGAUCUUGCCAUCGGUGGUCAAGCUAUCAAUACUGACUGUCAAGAAUUGAGACCAACAAGCAAACCAACAGUUUCAUCAGUGAUGUCAAAUGCUACAGCUCCCACUUCUGCAAACUACUCAAUAUCAAUGUCUUCCAGAAAUUCUUCUCUUCCCUCCCAGUCACCAACAUCUGAUGAUAUGUCCAGUGGCAGCAGCAGUGGAAGUGACUUUAAUUCGACUCUGGCUGUUUCUAGUGGUAUGUUAGACUUUAGUGCAUCAAGUUCUGGCGAUGAUGGUGGGAUGGGAUCUACUAUUGCUUUAUCUACACCUGAGUAUUCUAACUAUCCACUGAAGAUGACUUUCAAGUCAAAUCUUGUAGACACUCUUUCACCACAGAUCCCACUGAGCCACUUAAAUGGGAAAUUGGCUGGUGGAGAGUGGACUCUCGUUGUCAGUGUCAAUAGUAGUUACCAAGAAACUUCAAUUCUUGGCUGGUCUUUGAAUAUUGCAAGGGAACCAAACAUUGACUGGUCAUAUAAUGAAGAGACUGGGCAGCUGUUGAUGUCUGGAGUUGACUCAACCGCAAACUACCAAAAAGUGAUCCGAAGUAUUCAAUACAACAAUGAAGCACUAGAUCCAGAAUUUUCUCAAGACCGUCAAAUUGUUGGUUACGUCAAUGAUGGCAAGUUUCGGUCAAAUGUCACCUCUCCUGCAUCACUAUCUCUUAUUACUACUCAUCAUAUUGAAAUUGAUCUUGAUGCUGAAAAUGUAAGUGGAGCCUCAUUUCCCGGGUUUGCAGCUACUUUUAUUGAAGAAGGAAAUGCUGUUCCACUUGUUCAUGUUCCAUCAGCCUUUUUACGAGACUCACAAUUUUCUAGACGGUAUUAUGUUCUUACUAUUCAUUUGACUAAUGCUCUAGAUGGUGAAAAUGAAGGCAUUAAAAUCAAUGUGUCCUCUAUCACAGAGCAAGAUAUUGCUGUAGACAACAGUAGUGGGCAGUAUAGAUUGACAAUAACAUCUGCAUCACCUCAACCUAUUAGUAAUGUGGAGGCAGUAAUGCUAUCAGCAGAAUAUUUCAACUUUGCCAAUGAACCACAUCCGCAAUAUCGCAUAGUUGAAUUUUCUGUUCGAGAUGUAACAGGACAAUUUGUUAGUUUGACAGCUUCAACUAAUGUUUCUAUUGUUUUGACGAAUGAUCCUCCUGUUAUUGAUCUCAAUGCAGAGUUUAAUAACUUGGGUAGUGUAUCAGCAAUCAUUGAAUACAUUGAGGGGCAAGGUGCACAGGUAUUAGUGAAUCACUCGAUGCUGCGUCUCACAGACACUGACAGUAAGUAUCUUAUGGGUAUGACUGUGACAAUUUCCAAUCACUUGGAUGGAUUAGCUGAAUCUCUUGGAGCAAAUACAACUGGAACUAAUAUCAGUGUAACAAGCAGUGAAAAUGCUAGCAGUCAGCUUUAUGCGUAUGGAAGGGACUCAUUACAAAACUAUGCUGCAGUCAUUGCUACAGUUUCAUAUGAGAAUAAUAAGUCAGAUCCAGGGUUUCCUAAUACGACUCCUCGUCUUAUCUCAUUUGUUGUUAAUGAUGGUUUAAGUAACAGCCGACCUACUUAUAUCAAACUCUUCUUUUCUGCAGUCAAUGAUCCUCCUGCUUUAGAUCUGAAUGGUCAUGCAGAUGGCUUUGACUUUCAAGCUGAAUUUCGUGAGGAGGGAGGAGCUGUUUUGAUUGUGAGCUCAAUGGUAUCAGCCUAUGAUGUUGAUAAUGUCACACUUUCAUUUGCUAAAGUUUACAUUGAAAAUAUGCUUAAUGUAGGAGAAGAAGUCUUGGCGGUUACCAGUGUUAUGGAAAGGACAUAUCUAAGUAAAAAUGUAGUGAAAGUCACAUCUUUGGAACCAAAUACCACGUAUCACUACCAAACAGGAACAUUAACUAUCACUGGUUUAUCUUCAGUGAGGGAGUAUCAGGAAGUUCUGAAAACACUGACAUAUGACAACACUGCUGAUGAACCAAACCCAGAGCCAAGAAGAGUUCGUGUCACACUAAAUGACGGUUUGUUGUCCAGCCUUCCUGUUUACUCUAUAGUUAAUAUAACACUGAUCAAUGACUCACCGUCCAUCAACUCUUCUGUUGCUGUUUUUGCACCAACCAUUGAAGAGGAUUAUGAGGUGGAGUUAAACAAUGGAUUCAGUGUAGCAGAAAUUGUUGUGCCAGUUGUAUUGGAUGACGAUGCAGAGUCUGUGGUUGGGAUGGCUAUUAUAGGUAUAGACGUGACAAAUGGAGAGUGGGAAUAUAAGACAAACAAUAGCAGCUGGAUCAUGAUUCCAGGUGAUGUUGACAUCAACAUGGCUGUUGUCCUUGAGGCAACUGACACAAACAGAAUUCGGUUUGUAUCUAACCUUGAUUUUAAUGGUUAUGUGUCAUUGAAGUUUGUGGCUUGGGAUGGCAGUAAUGGUGAAAUUGAUGGGUCUAAAGUGAAUGCAAUGUCAGUGUCUAAUAUUGAUGCUUUUAGUGCAGACUUUACUGAGUUUGUUGUAACUGUGGCACCAGUCAAUGAUGCCCCAGUUUUGCAAAUGCAUCCAAUUAAACUAACAUCAAUUAAGGAAGAUGAUUUUACAACACCUGGUGACCAAAUUGUAGCUCUUCUUUCGUAUGCAUCAGAUGUUGAUCUUAGUGGAGCUCUUGCAUCUCAGUUGGGAGUGGCAGUCAUUAGUACAAAUGGUUCAUAUGCAAAUGGCAAAUGGCAAUUUAGGCGUGCAGGAAACUUGUCUUGGACCAACAUUGGAGUUGUUAGGAGAAAUUCUUCAGUAGUUCUUUAUUCGUCUGAUUUAAUUCGAUAUGUUCCAUCAGAGAAUUUUAAUGGUCAGGUUUCGUUUCAGUUUGUUGCUUGGGAUUUGACAACUGGUGAUUUAUCUGGAUCAUCAGGGGUGACUGUUUCUCAGUCUGAUCCUAUCACAGGAGCUUUCAGUGUCAAUGAAAGUAUAGCAGUGUUGACAGUAGAGCCCAUCAACGAUUCACCUAUUCUGAAAUCAGGAGGUCAAUUACAUUCAAUUGAUGAGGAUGUUCAGCAAGAAUACAAUCAUGGAACUUCAGUGAGUGAUAUUGUAGCAGGUUACCUCAGCGAUGUAGACUCUGGUUCAAAAGCAGGAAUAGCAGUUGUUGGAGUAGAUGAACGAUAUGGAAAUUGGCAGUUUACAUGUUCAAAUUUUAGUGCAUGGAAGGACUUUAUUGGUGACAAACAAUACAAUCUUUUUGUUCCUCCUCUUCCGCAGCCUAGCAAAGCAACACUUUUGUCUGGUUCAUGUCUAGUCAGAUUCUUGCCUCGUGUUCAUUUCAACACACAAUUUGACUUUGGUGGACAUCCUCGAUCUCAUAGUGAUAUUCCUUACUUAAAAAUAAAAGCAUGGGAUCAGACUGGGAUGACAGAAGGAUUGAUUGGAACAUAUGGAAUUGAUACAUUAGAUGCAGAAGACAGUCACAUUGAUGAGUUUGGUGAAGAAGUUGUCAAAGUAAUAAUUGAAGUUAUGUCACAGAACGAUUCCCCAAUACUGAGACUCUACAACUCAACUAUUGCAACAUAUCAUGCACAUUAUAUAGAAAACACAGGUAGUGUUCCUGUGGUUGGUUCACAAUUGACUCUUAUUGACUAUGACCAUGAUCGACUCAAGUCUGUUGUAAUCACUAUUUACCAGUCUGGAGACUACUACUCUGGCAGUACUAGUGGCAGCGGUGUUGAUAAUGAUUCUUACUGUUCAAACUAUAACCAGCAUCAGGAAAAAGUUCUAGUAGAUGUACAUGGAACUGACCUGAAUGAACCUCGUGUUGAUGAUUGGUGCCCGUUUACACUUACCAUUACAGCAAAUGGAACAGCUCCUAUUUCUCACUUUCAGAAAGCUCUUAGAACAGCAGUCUAUAACAAUUCAUUGGAAGAGCCUGAAGAAGGUAUUCGUAUUGUUAGUUUUACUGUAGAGGAUCUUGAUGGAGCAGUUUCUUCUGCAACAAGCACUGUUUUCGUUGAAAUUGUCAACGAUGCUCCCAUUUUGGAUUUGAAUGGCAAUUUACCAAGCAACAAUGAAUUUUUAGAAUACACUGAAGGCCAAGAGAGAAUGCUGUUGGUUGACCCACAAACGGUUUCUCUUAUUGAUCAUGAUAGCAUAUACUUAGAACAGGUUUUAGUUUUUAUUAGGCUAGCUCCUGAUGCUGACAAAGAGUUACUUGAUGCUAAUGUAACCGGGUUUAAUGUAAGCAAGUCUUACAACGUCACGUCUUCUGUCUUGCUCCUAACUGGUCAAGAAACUGUGACAAACUAUGAAGCCAUUAUCAAAACUGUAACAUAUGAGAACACAUUUGCACAUCCUGGAAAUCCAGAUGAGAUUGAAAGAGAAGUGGUUUUUGUUCCCAAUGAUGGACAGCUAGAUGGACUCCCAGCAGUGACCUUCAUUGGUUUCACUGCUGUCAACAACCGUCCAUAUAUCCAGCUGAGUGGCAGUCGAAAUGACAGGAAUUAUGAAGUGACAUUUACUGAAGAGGGAUACCCAGUACAACUUGCAGCUGAUGAUUUGAUAGCACUGGAUAUUGACAAUAAAACAUUGUUAUCAGUUACUGUCAGAAUAUUAAACCUCUUCGAUAUUGGGGAUGAAAUACUGAGUGCUGGUCCUGUUAAUGUGGAAGAAGUCACAGAACGUAACAAGUAUGAUGCAGCUAAAGUAAUUGAAAGAACAAGAAUUAUUCCGAAUGUUACAUUUAACAAAACAUCUGGUGAAUUGGUCAUCAGUGGCCUGGAGUCAUUGUAUGAAUAUCAACAAGUACUUAGCAAAACUCUAACAUACAGCAACGUGGCUGAUGAACCAACACUUAGUGAUCGUGUGGUGCAGGUUACAUUAAGUGAUGGUUUUCUUUUCAGCUUGCCUGCGAACUGCACUAUAUAUAUUCUUCCUAUCAAUGAUCGUCCAAGGUUUAUUGAUGGGCAUGUGGUUAUCAAACCUCACAUUCUAGAAGAUAUAUCAGAUAAUGAUAACACAGGACUGACUGUAGAAGAGAUAGCUGGUGACCUCAUAGAAGAUGAUGACGUGGAUAACAUAAUGGGAAUAGCGGUGAUUAGUGUUGACUCUAAAUAUGGUAUGUGGCAGUACAGGCUGUUUGGCCAAACUACCUGGACUGAUAUACAACCUGGUAUUAAUGAGACAUCAGCGUUAUUGCUUCAUGCUAGCAAUUUCACAUUCAUUCGUUUCGUUCCAGUCAGAGAUUUUAAUGGAGUGGCAGAAAUUUUGAUUGUUGCAUGGGAUGGAUCUGACAAUCAGGUUGAGGGUACCACAAGGAAUACAGCAGAAACAGAUGACACAAGUUCUUUCAGCCUUCAAAAACAAUCAGUUGUAUGGACAAUUGUUGCUGUCAAUGACGCUCCUGUGUUAAACGUUUCUGUUCUUCCAAAUAUGGUAUCUGUGCUGGAAGAUUCUGUGUGGGAGAGACCGUCAGAAGGAGACAGCAUUGAACUCUUUCUACAAGCAUUGGCUUAUGAUGUGGAUACUAAUGUAGAACCAAUAGCAAUGGGCAUUGCUCUUUUGGAGGUAGAUAAUACAAAUGGUUUUUGGCAGUAUACGAAAAAUAAUGGACGGACCUGGGCAUCUGUUAAGUCUCCUGCGCCAUCUUCUGCUCUGCUGUUAGGUAACAGCAAAAAUGGUGGCACAAGAAUUCGAUUUGUUCCAAACAGAGAUUUCAAUGGAAUUUCUAGGUUUAUUUACAAAAUAUGGGAUCGAAACUCAAGUGAGUUGUCAGGAACUGAAGGAGUCGAUAUACUGUCAGCAGAUGUAGUUACUGGACCAUUUAGCGUUGCCAACACAACUGCGACUAUUAUUAUUGACCCAGUAAAUGAUUCACCAGUUGUCAUUGAAGGUGCUACUUUGCACAGCAUUUACGAAGAUAUUGAUGCUGUAAGGAAUCCUGGAACAACUGUCAAUGACAUAGUGAGGCUUGUCUACAGUGAUGUUGAUAUAGGUUAUGCUCUGGGCAUAGCAGUGGUCGAAGUUGAUCGUCGAUUUGGAGAGUGGGAAUAUACAUGUGAAACGGGGAGUGAUAUUACUUGGCAGCUAUUCAAAGGAGAUGAACAGUAUGGCAAAGCUGUUUUACGUGAUCCACGAACUGAUAAAGCAACCCUUUUGCUAGGCAAUUGCAAAAUUCGAUUUGAUCCAAGUGAUCAUUUCAACACUGAAUUCGACGAGAAUGGCACUCCUCGUCCCAAAACAGACAAACCAUUUAUUGUUCUCAAGGGCUGGGACAAUACAGGAAACACUGCAGGUAGAUUACAGGCAUUAGCUAUUAACACUGUAACUGUUCCAGAUGAUCACACUGAUGAGUUCUCACAAAACGCCACAACAGCUACAAUUGUAGUCGUCUCAAAGAAUGAUAGACCCAUACUCAGGUUGUCUUCGAAGUCUUUUAACUAUGAGACAACAUUUACAGAACCAAUUCCACCACAGAGAAGAAUACAAUCUGUGCACAUAGUUGACCCUACAAGUUUAACUGUAGUUGAUCAUGAUAACUUCAAUCUUCAGUUUGUUACCAUUUCCUUCAAGGUAUAUGAUAACAAUUCAGAAUUUCUGACUAUUGAUACUUCUGGAACAGACAUUGUUGCUGAAACUAUUGUAACAGGAUACCAACAUGCAAUUCGUUUGUCUUCACCCAGUGUAGCAACAGCUGGUAAAUUUCAGCAAGUCUUACGAACACUUACUUACAAGAAUACUGCUGAAGAGCCAAAUCCAACUGACAGGCAAGUUACAUUUCUAGUUUUUGAUGGUGCUGAAUAUAGUGCAGCGGUUGUGUCAACAGUUCAUGUAGAAUUGGUUAAUGAUCCACCAGAGUUGGACCUUGAUGCUUCCGUUCCUGAUAGAAACUCAUUCAAGAAGUAUACUGAGGGUCAAGAUUUCCUAUUGCUAUCUAGUGGGUCAAUGCAAUUGACUGAUCAUGAUCACAGCUUUCUAUAUCAAGCAACGGUUAUAAUCCUUGAUGCCCCUGAUAAAGACAAGGAGUUGUUGACAGCAAUUACAAACAACACAUCGAUCUCUGGUGUUUAUAAUGAAUCAACCAAUCAACUUGUUUUGACUGGACCUGACACUGUCACCAACUUUUCAAGUGUGCUGCUUACAGUUGCAUACAAGAACAUAUUUGCACAUCCAGGAAAUCCAGCACAAAUUGAAAGAGUCAUUGAGUUUGUUGUCAGUGAUGGACAAAAUGUUAGUCUUGCUGCAUCCUCACGUGUGUCUUUUGCUGCUGUUAAUGAUCGACCAUAUUUGGAUAUCAAUGGUGACAAUCCUGGAGUUAACAAUAUUGUCAAGUUUACUGAGGAGCAAGACGCUGUAAAUCUGUUUGACUCAAACAUGUUUAUUAUUGAGGAAGACAAUAUAACUUUAGCAUAUGCUAGACUUGAAAUUACUAACAUGAUGGAUGCUGGUGAAGACCAACUGUCUGUUUCAGACAAUGUACGUGUCUACAGUGAUGAUAUCGACACUGCUGAUCAUUUGAGGGUAUGGAAUAUUCGACCUGAGCAAACGUACAACAAUGUUACUGGUACUCUCAUUAUUACUGGACUGGAUUCAGUUGAAGAUUAUGUGAAAGUGUUGAAAACAGCAACGUAUGCCAACACCGCUGAUGAACCAAACGUGACACCUCGAAUCAUUAGAAUAACACUGAGUGACGGCCUACUGGACAGCAAUGAUGUCAUGGCUACAGUUGUAAUUGAACUCAUGAAUGACUCUCCAUAUUUCAGAGGUGACUCUGUGGCAAGUCAAGUAAAUAUUAGUGAAGACACAUUAAUCCAUCUAAAUGAAGGCUUUUCUGUUUGGAACAUCAUCAGUCCACUGAUCAUGGAUGAUGAUGAGAGACAUGAACAAGGACUUGCAAUUAUUGCAGCUGAUAGCGCCAAUGGCUAUUGGGAAUACUGCUUUGACUUUAAGUAUAUUAAUCAACAGCAACUUGCUUUCCCCACUUCUUUGCCAGUAAACAGCAGCGGUAACUCUUCCCAAAUAGAUUUGUCUUUUUUCACAGCCACUUGGCAUCCUAUCCAGUCAAAUAUUACUAUCAAUGAUGCUGUUGUUCUUCGUCUGGCGUCAAAUGGCAGCAACAGACUUCGGUUUAUUCCAAGAAAAGAUUUCACAGGCUAUUCGUCUAUCAGAUUUGUUGCUUGGGACGCAAGUGAUCAUCUCUUUGAUGGUAGCAUAACCAGUGCUGUGUCUGUUAGUGAAAGUGAUGCAUUUAGUUCUAACUGGCAAGAAGUCACAAUGAAAGUCAACCCGGUUAAUGAUGCUCCAGUCAUGCUAUCUGAAACGUUUACUUUGACUAGAAUCAAUGAAGAUGAUCAAUCGUCAGCAGGCAGUCCAAUUGCUGCUCUACUGGAGCACGUGCUUGAUGUAGACAGUUUGGGGACAGGGAAAGGAAAAGACAAUGGCAUAGCUAUUAUUAGUGCUGAAUCGGCGAAUGGCAAGUGGCAAUAUAGUGAUGCUGAACAGGGCUCAUGGCAUACAUUGAAGUCUCCAUCUGUUGACAAAGCAGUAGUAUUGCUGUCUUCAUACCUAGUUCGGUUUGUUCCCAAACAAGAUUUCCAUGGCAACGCAUCCUUCCAGUUUGUUGCUUGGGACUUGACUGAUGGGUCAAAAUCAGGAUGGUCUAAUGUUAGCGUGAAAAUGGCUGAUCCUGUCACUGGGCCCUUCAGUAGAAACAUAAGUGUAGCUACCAUCGUAAUUGAGCCCAUUAAUGACUCACCUGUCAUUAUUCCUGGUUCAUCACUGCAUACAAUAAAGGAAGACAUUCCUAUUGAGAGUAACGGUGGCACAACAGUAAGAGACAUUGUGAAUUCAACAUAUGUAGACGUAGAUGAUAAUGCUGAAAUUGGCAUUGCUAUAGUUGGAGUAGACCUGAGAUUCGGACUUUGGCAAUGGAGAUGCCCACUUCAAGGAAACGUGUGGAAUAACUUUAUUGGGGACAAAGUGUAUGGAGUGAUUGUUCCAAAGAAUCCAAGACCAGAAAAGGCGACACUUUUGGCUAGUAAUUGCAGCAUUCGCUUUUUACCAGACCACAACUUCAAUACUGAGAAGGACACUACUGGCAAAGGGAGGCCUGACUCGGAUAAACCAUUUUUGGUAAUACGAGGUUGGGACAACACUGGAUUUACUAGAGGCUUGUCUGGUCAAUACGGCCAGGACAGCACGUACAACAAAAACGGUUUUCUGUCCGAAUUCAGUGCUGAGAUCUCUAAUGCUACAGUAAGUGUAGCAUCUGUCAAUGAUUUACCUAGUUUAAGUUUGUCAGAACAUGGAGAUGGGUUGAUGUAUCAGUCCCAGUUUGUCGAAGAAGCACCUUUUGUCUACAUCGUAAGUACCACUGGCCUUACGUUGAUUGAUGAAGACCACGCUUACCAGCAGUCAGCAACCGUUUCGUUGUUGAAUGUGCAAGACCCAUUUGAUGAGAUAAUAGAGGUUGUUCCAUUUCUUGACUCUUCAGUUACUGUAAAUGGCAGUAACGUUGUUGUCCAUUUGAGCGGAUCAAAACCCAAACUAGUAGAACUUAGUUAUACUUACUACACUUUGCCAGAAACAGCAGCACCUUCCGCUGAGCCAUCCAAUGUAAGCAAUUCCAGUGGAAGUAUGUCAGACUCAGGGUCAACAGCAAUGCUGCGAUCAGGAUCUGGCUCAGGGCUUUUUGGUAGUGGAGAUGAUGGAAGUGGAGAUGAUGGAAGUGGAGAUGAUGGAAGUGGCAAGACUUCUACUAGGAAUGUUGAGAUAGCUACAAUUAGUCCAACAGUUGCUGUAGGUACUGUAUUACCACGUGCACUGACAAAUAUACCAACGUCCAAAGUAGCUGAACCUACUGUUGAAAUACCUGUUGAACGUAGAAUGCAGUCUGUUGAGAGUGUGACCAUUAGAGCUGCCAACCCAGAUGAUCUUCUUACCACAGCUGAAUAUCAAGCUGUCCUUCAAUGUCUUGCGUACAAGAACACACACGUGGAGCCUGAUAAUACAACCAGGCGGAUUGAAUUUUUAGUAUACGAUGGAGAGAACGUUAGCUUAUUUGCCCAAACUCUUGUCACCAUUUUGUUAGUAAUUGACAGUCCGCCUGUGCUUACACUUAACGUGUACGAAAUUGAAUUUGUUGAAAACGCGGAUCCAAUCAGAAUCACAUCAAACAGACUUCUGCUGAAAGAUGACGACCAUAAUGAGUAUUUCAUGAUGUCAAAUGCGACAAUUCAGAUAAAUCCUACUCCUACCUCUGAACAAGAGGUAUUGUACGUUAAUUCUGCGAUUGCGAACACAGCUGGCAUUAGGUAUAGUUAUGAGUCAGGAAUAUUGACACUCAAAGGAGCUGCUCGUGUGCAGGCUUACCAGUCUGUGCUAGAAACGGUAUUUUACAACAAUACUGAAGAAGAGCCAUUUCCUGGUCAAAGGAACAUUUCUUUUCAAGUUACUGACACCGUAGGGCUCAACAGUAAACUGGAAGUGUUUGUCUUGUACAUGAAGCUUAUAAAUGACCAGCAACCUGUCGUCACAGUGGGUGGACCAUUCUCUUUCACUGAACAUCAAGUCUUGUCCACGCACAUUGGUCAUGGAUUGCUUCUGAACGACAGCGACAGUGGAGCUUUCUAUCAGUACCAAGUAAAUGUGACAAUUUCUAAUGGUUAUGAUAAUGGUGAGAAACUAAAUGUCAGUGUGCCAGCAACCAUUUCUAUUGAACGCACUAGAUACGGCCUCGUUCUGACAGGACCAGCGUCUGUUGAAGACUUUCAGUCAGCUCUCAGUAGUCUGACUUAUAAGAACACAGAAGAAGAACCAAAUCCAGAAACGAGACAAAUACAAAUCAACGUUUUUGAUGGGAAGUUCUUUUCGAUCUCUGACAAUCUUACUGUCAAUAUUGUUCUUGUGAAUGAUCUUCCUGUUCUUCUGCUAAAUGGAAAGUCUGAGGAGAUGAAUUUCUUAGUUGAAUACAAAGAAGGUGAUGGAGAAAUUCUGAUUGUGGCUCCUAAAAACGUGUCUCUCACUGACAAUGACAAUGUUACAAUUGCCUAUUCUGUCAUCACAUUGACAAACCGACCUGAUGGUGCAAUGGAGCGACUAGGUGCUAGUGUAAGUGGUACCAACGUAAAAAGUGAUUACUUUUUUGAAAAUGGCUCACUUUUGUUAACGGGUCCUGAUACCAUUACCAACUUCCAAGCAAUCAUAAAUACGGUGACAUAUGAGAACAUGCAACACAGUCCAGGCCUGCCCAAUACAACGCGGAGAGUGGUGACAUUUGUAGUGUCUGAUGGUGUGGGCAACAGCCUUUCUGCAUACUCGUACAUCACCUUUACUGCCGUGAAUGAUGCAGCCAUUAUUGACUUGAAUGGUGGUGUGGCGUUUGGUAGCAAUUAUACAACAACGUUCAUAGAGGAAGGCCCUGAGGUGAGACUGACAGAUUAUAGUAUGACGGUAAAAGAUGUUGACUCGAAGUUGCUUACUUCGGCAACAGUUCAUAUUGUCAACGUAAAGGAUAUCGGCUAUGAAAAUCUCUACUUGGAUGUGAACUUGACAGAAUUGAGCCAAUCAGCUGACGUUAAAUACAGUUGGGAAAGUGGAAUCCUAAUUGCAACUGGACUUGGAAGUCCGCAAAACUUUCAGACUGCAUUACGUAGUCUAGUCUAUUCUAAUGAUGCUGAUGAGCCAGACUUUGAGAGUCGGGUUGUUGAAUUUGUUGUAAACGAUGGGGAGAUAGACAGCCAACGUGUUUUCACUAUAAUCGAAAUGAAGGCAGUGAACGAUGAGCCGCACUUGAUGAUAACAUCGUCUCAUGACGGUAGUUUUUAUUCUGAGUUUGUUGAGGAUGGACAUCCAGUACCGGUUGUUGACGUUGAUCACGUUUUGGUGGUGGACGAUGACGACUCUCUGUUGUUUCGACUUGUUGCAUCUAUUUCAAACGUCAAUGACUCUGGUUUUGAGGCUUUGUUCUUCGACAGAGCUGUGAUGAAUAGUGCAAGACAGCUUACCAAUUUGUCUUCUGACUUCCCUGUUGGUGUUUUACCCGAAUAUUUUGGCUGUCCAAGCAAAGAUGAGAGGCAGCAUUCUCUUGAUAUUCGUUGGAACGCCAGUUAUGACGCUUGGACGUCUGCACUGAAAGCUCUACGUUAUUGCAACGCUGAUCAUCAUCCUGUCAAUGGAACGCGUUUAGUUCUCAUGUACAUCCAGGAUCCUCAUGGAGCUAAAUCUAGAAUUCAGACAGCUGAGGUGUUGGUGGUGUCUGUCAAUGAUCCUCCAAUGUUUUUGCCAGAGCAAGCAAUAUUUGAUGUCAAAAUAAAUGAAGAUGAAAACGUUACCAUUCCUGUACUGUACGCCUUCUAUGAUCAUGACGAUGUGCUAAGCGGGACUGCCAUCCAGGUAGUUGAGCAGCCCCUUUUGGGUAGAGCUGUAGCUGACCCAAUGACAGGCAACAUUUCAUUCUACCCUUAUCCAAAUGACCAUGGUGUACGAGUUUUCACCUAUAGAGCUUGUGAUUUGGCGGGUGACUGUUCUCCCACUCAGAACCUUACUGUUACAAUUCUGUCAGUAAAUGAUCCCCCUGUUCGAGUAGAACCACUUGUGUGGUAUUUGAUGGAAGACACACCUGCGUCUGUUAACUUUUCUGAUUAUUUUUCGGAUGUUGAAGACGACCUAGAUCCGUAUGACGAAUGGCCAAAAGUUAUCGAGGUCUCUGGCCCUGUGAGCGGGAGCUGGGAUGUGUCAGCUAACGACAAAAUCUUUACACUGCGACCUGUACCUAACGCUUACGGAGAGGACAGUCUUCAAUUUAAUAUAUCUGACAGCGAUAACGCUACGCUCACACUUCACGUUGCAAUAAUAAUUAGUCCCGUUAAUGACCGCCCAGUUGUGACUGUAGAAUACGGACGUGAAGGCGCACCUAUUGUAGCAACAGAAGAUAAACCGUACAGUAUACCAAUAUCUAUUGAAGAACUGGAAGACAGAUACCCGGUCAUUUGCAAUGUCUCCAUAGUAUCUGUGGGAUACGGAAAUGCAACUCCAAAUGAGUCUUCAAUUCUGAUUGAUUUUAACAGCCGCGAUAAUAUUCAAAUUCAAAAUAUGACUAUUGUGUACACGCCUCCUAGAAACUUCUAUGGUUCUGAUUACGUAACAUUUCGUGUUACGGACUCGGAAGGCGGGUAUGAUGAAGACACUGUUAACGUGUCAGUUGUUUACGUAAACGACCCACCAGAAUUCGGCGUAACUGUUGUUGACUUGGAUGAAGACAACACACUUAAUUUGACGCUUCCACAAGGACUAGAGAUAACCGACCGAGAGGAAAAUCUUUUUUCGAGUUCUAUCUCUUUGAUUACUAAUUCGUCAAUUGGCAGAGUGACAUAUGAUCGCGUGUCUGGUGUCUUGCUGUACGUGCCACCGGUGAAUUUCUACAGCUCUGAAGAUCGUGUUGUGAAUUUCACUUUACGUGCUUGCGACAAUGACACCAGUUCGCGUGUGAUGGGUCAGUUAUGUAAAGUCAGCGUCAUCAAGAUCAACGUAGUGCCAGUUAACGACGCGCCCUCUGCACCAGCUCUAUCUACAGCAGUUUAUGAAGAUGACUCAACUACCUAUAGACUCUGGGAUAAUCUGUCUGAUGUAGAGGACGGCAAACCACCUCUAGCUAACGUUUCUCUUAUUGAGCCUUGGUCAACUUUGGGAUACGCUACGUAUGAUGCAAAUGAUGGUGUUCUAGUGUACCAAACACAUCUAAAUGCAUUUGGUGAGGACGCUGUUCACUACAGAGUGUGUGAUUCUGAGUCUUUGUGCAGUGAGUCGGUCUUGUCUAUUAAUGUAAUGCCGGUCAAUGACGCGCCUGUGGCGGAAGAUUUUGUGCAUGUUGCUCCGGAAGACAAUUUUGACUUAAUUCCUAUAUAUCAGCACAUCUUGGACAACGAAACUCAGUCAUCAGACGUUGUCAGGAAACUAAGAAUCUCUAUUAAAAAUCCGAACAAUAACGAAUAUGUUGACCGCCUAGUUACGGGCAAAGGGGGCGAGUUGAGAGUUUACCAUGCACACGGCAUUAUUACAUAUAAUCCUGCGGAUGACUAUGUAGGACCGGACAAUUUUACUUUUGCUGUGUGUGAUUCUUGUGAUGAACAACGAAACAGAGAACUCGGUCGAACGUCGCUCGAUGUGCCUGCAUGUUUGCAGCAGAUUGUGGAAAAUGAAAACAGUAGUACUAUGUCAGGAGGUUUACUGAGAAUUGCUUGUGAUGAGGCAGUUGUCCAGAUCAAAGUCAAGAAUAUCAAUGACGUACCAGUCGCUAGAGAUGUGGCUGCUACUAGCAAUGAUCACCAGCCUGUGCUCCUUUAUCCAUUUGACGUUUCUAGUGGUUUCUAUGCGGAUGCGAGUCGCCUGGUAUAUGACAAAGACGACGAUCAGGCACAGAAACUGAUUUCAGAGGGGUAUACUAAUGUUAGCGAAUACGGCCUGUCAAACACAAGCGAUAUCGACGCUCUUUCCCUCUCUGUCAUCCGUCAGGCGACAGGAGGAUACUCGGAAGUUAUCACUAAGGAUGGUACGUCUGGUUUGAAAUACACGCCCUACCCAACAUUUGAAGGUUAUGAUGACUUUGAGUUUGAAAUUUGUGAUGAGAAGACAACUGUCAAGUCUUCGUCGUGCAGUAAAGCGACAGCAAGAGUUCACGUGACAUUUCAAGGUCCUGCCAUUGUCAGUGUACGAGCCCUUAGCAGUGUGAAUAACUCUGGAUUUGAUCUCGAUUCAAGAUUCUCUCGACGGGAUAGGAUCAUUGUUGAAUUUAAUGAAGACACCAACAUGCCUCCUAACGGUUUAGGCUUUGAGUUGAAUACCGAAGAUUUAGAUCACUUUAUUGAGUUCAAUCGUCCGUUUAUCAGCGUGACUCAAGUGACAGGAGAGCGAUACAGUGGUGAGUGGCUAAAUUCCCGUCAAUUGGAGAUUACCAUCACUGAUGAAGGUUAUCCUCAACCGGAAGUAAAGAUCGGCACGUGGAAAUUGUCAAUUAAAAAUGUGUCCCCGUGUGGUGGGUUUGGUGAGAACAACCAAAGGUUACAAUUUCAUGCUUUGAAUCCAUACUGCUUAUUGAACGAGAACAAGGAUUCUCUGCAUUCCAAUAGUACGUCUCCUGGACUGACUGGAGACUGGGGAAAGCGAUUGCCAAUUGUAGAGACUGUGACUAUAAAGAACGAAGCUGUUAACGUGCAGGAACUGAACGAGAAUCCUGAAUACUUUGGAGUGGACAGCCAAAUCGGUCUUUUUUUCGUUCCUGCCUUUUCCUAUGCACAGUUUGAAGCGUACUGCAACACAGAUCCGUCAGAUAUUAUGUAUGUACAGUCAUUAUUAGGCUCAAACGGACAACUGAGUGUUGUAGGUUGCGCUCAGUUAUUGGCUGAUGGCAGAGAUGCUAACCAGGUUUACGCAGAUAUGAUUAAUGAAAUUGACGGACAUGUAAAUGUAGAAGAAAGACAGAGGAGACAAGCAACUGACGGUGGGUCGACAAUCAUGCCAGAAACUUCUUACAUGGUUUUGCGGAUUGAUCAACUGUCGGUGGAAUGGUUGUUUGAGGACAAGGACGUCUUACUCAACGCAAUCAAGGGGUCAGUCAAUAACAACACUAUAGCAGAGAUCGUAACGGGAGAGUCUGGUGGAAACGCUACAACGGCGUUAAUGUACAGCUCGCGGCUUGGAAAGCACGCCGGCGGUGGUCUCUACUUGGAUCAUGACGACACCAAGACGCCUAAAGUUAUAAAUUUGGUUGCUUUAGAUAAUGAUGGUGAUGGUGUUUUCAGCCAAGGAGAUAGAUUUACGUUAGUGUUCAACGUUCCAACUGAUACUCCUGCAGCGUCAACUAAAGAUGACGUGGAUCGCCUGUUUACAUUUGAUCCUCCUGUCGGCGCAAACUACUUCGGCCGCUGGUUAAAUUCAUCUGCUCUGGAAAUUAUUGUCAUCAACCAAUUGCCAGAUAAUGAAGAAGAUGAACAGCCAUUACUGUCUCAAUUUUCGUUGACAUUCAGGGAAAAUUAUCUUUCUGAUGGCAGCAUUCUGAAAGAUACGCGUUCCGCAUUUCCGUUUGACAGACGUCAUUGUAUCGGAAUUAACGUCUGCGGCUACGUUCAUGACGCUGUAACAGUUGGAGUAUGCUCACAGGACGGAUUAUCCUGCCGUGUCUCUGGUAUGUAUCGUCUGUAUGGUGAGGUUCGUGCUCCUGCUCAGUCUUCAGUGGUGGUGGAA